AUGAAGUUGAAAACCCCCCAACUCUUCUCACCAACCCACGCAAUAUGGGGAUGGGGUCUGAAAUGGCGAUCCAGCAACUGGUUCACUGUGUUUACGGUUACCUUUGCCGUUUUUACUGAUAUCUUUUUGUAUGGUGUCAUUGUACCCGUUAUCCCGUUUGCGUUGGAGUAUAGGGCUAAUGUUAGCGUUGAUCGAGUUCAAUAUUGGGUCUCGGUCCUGCUGGCUGUGGACGGCGCGGGAUUGUUGGUCUUCUCUCCAAUAUGCGGCUGGUUCUCCGACACAAUCUCCAUGCGUCGCCUUCCCUUACUACUGGGUCUAUCGGCCCUCCUAGGCGCAACAGUCAUGCUCAACGUCGCCACCAGCGUCACCGUUUUCAUCAUCGGCCGCUUGUUGCAGGGCAUCAGUGCGGCAAUCGUCUGGGUCGUGGGCCUUGCGCUGCUCGCUGACACGGUACCUCGGGAACUAUUAGGCCAGUAUAUGGGCUAUGUAAGUCUGGGGAUGACCUCGGGAUUCAUGCUGGGCCCGUUGUUGGGUGGAGUGUUGUAUGAGAGGACGGGAUACAAUGGCGUUUGGGCACUGUGUUAUGCGUUUAUUGGGUUAGAUUUUGCGUUACGGAUUGUGCUCGUCGAGAAGAAAGACCUUCCUGUAUCAACAGUUCCAGAGAAUGGGGAGCCUAAGUGUUCUGAUGGUCCGACACCUGAGAUGAAAGAACCCUCGCUCGAGAACACCACUCUUCCCGCUGAAGAACCAACAUCAGGAUCGCCUCCAGCAAAAACAAUUACCCAAAAACUCCCCCCCAUCUUCACCCUCCUCGCAUCCCGCCGCCUCCUCGCCGCUCUAUUCGCCAGUGUCGUCCAAGCCGCUUUAGUCGCCUCUUUCGACUCCAUUCUCCCGUUGUUUGUCGACGAAACUUUCUCCUGGGGCUCCUUACAGUCUGGCAUCUUGUACCUAACCAUCGUCAUCCCCACCCUGGUGUCUCCCGUGGUCGGGUACUUAGGCGACAAAUACGGCGGUAGAUGGUUCGCCACAGCCGGUUAUCUACUUGCAUGCCCCAUGUUCGUCCUCUUACGGCUCGUAUCACACAACUCCAUCCGUCAAAAAGUUUUAUUGGUCGUCUUGCUAGUCUUCAUCGGCUUCGCGAUGACGCUGAGUUUCCCGGUCAUCAUGGCCGAAAUCACACAUAUAGUCGUCGCAAAGGAGAAAUCCCGCCCGAAAGGAUCAUUCGGAAAGGGAGGGGCAUAUGCGCAGGCUUAUGGAUUAUUUAAUAUGGGGUUUGCUCUGGGCACGCUUGUGGGACCCACUUGGGCUGGGUUGAUUAAGCAGAAUUAUGGAUGGGGGACGGCGACGUGGACGCUGGGGUUGUUGAGUGGUGUGACAACUGUGCCGUGUUUGAUUUGGGUUGAUGGGAGUAUAAGGAAGAGAAGAUUAAGAGAACGAGCUUCAUAA